AUGCCUCCCCGAAGCUCGCUGACCAGCUCGUUCUCGGUCACCGACGCCAACAACGAAGUGGUGUGUCCCUUGAAGAAUAAUGACGGCUCCAAUUGUCGCAAGCGAUGUCUCGGAGUGAGUGUGCCUUUCCCACCGACCCUCCAGCGACGUCCAGCGGAGGCAGCAGCUGUGCUCGCUCGUCGCGCACCCCUCUCGGGCGCCUGGCGAGCCCCACCUAUCGCCGUCCGGACGCUCGAUGCCGCCGGGAAUUUGUGCUCUACUGCUGGCGUCGAGCUCGAAAAAAAGGGUCUUAGCUUUGUUCGCAAUCUAAUCGUGAUAUCCCCGCAGGAAAAGCGCUAUCGCUCCAUGCAGGAGCACAUCCGACGUGCGCAUCCGAAUCACUACAUUCCGAAGCUCCCGGCUACCGAAGAGAGCUUUCUUCUAAUGGUCAACACCCCGCCCGACCAACGCGCCAACCUGUCGCCGCCAGAACCUGCCCCGCCGCGUCGUCGACACGGCCAGUUUCAAGACGUGGCGGAUAGGGACAUCUACGUUGCGGACGCCAGCUCCCCGGCCACUCCUCGAGCUCUCGACGAACCUCACCCCGCUGCCGCCACGGCCGCGGUCGCCCUCGCGCAAUUACACCACCAUCGCCUGGCCUCGGACUGGGACACUGAUAUGGAUACCCACUCCGACACCGAUAUACAUCAAGGACCCAUGCGAAUCGCUGCCGCCAUUCUCAUCGCCUCGCCCACGGGAACUUCUCCCGUCUAUUCUCAAUCAUUCUCCCCCGGUCGCUCAACCACCCUACCCCCGAUCCAGCGAAGAGACAAGCUUUCCCGGCCGCGCAAAUCGUCCAUCACUCAGUCGGCCAGGAAACCCAAGCAUGAGCGACCGAGAUCUAAGGAUUUCCCUCGGCGACCAAGUCUCGGUGAUCGCAAAGCACUGUCAGCAGAACCACAGACAGCUGCGUGGGCCCAAGGCAAGCGCUGGGAGGAUCUGAUUGAAGCUGCCACCUCUGCGACGGAGGCUGAUGACGAACGCUAUUCUGAGGCCGGUCGAUCUCCCACGAUCGCUCCACUUCUUGCCAAUGUGACAUCAGCACCCGGAUCGAAAAAUCGCUCGUCGCUUCCCCCGGCUUUCCAGUCGGGCUCGGGACUCCCGCCUCUCGGGUCGCACCGACAAUUCCCACCUCAUUCAUACGCCGCGUCGCCUUUGCACAAGUCUCUUACCCCGCCACCAUUUGAAGGACAGCGUAGCCGUGACAGUGAUCUAGAACCAUUCCCAUCGAUCGAAUCAUCGCUGGAUUCCAUGUCGACAGCAUCUGGAAAGAAUUUCCCGUCAUCGGCAUCAGGCAUUGCGCGCUCCAUCAACUCCGACUCAAGUCCUGUUCUGAAUCUCAUUCCCCCAGUUUCGCAACGUCAGCAUCACCGCUUUUCGAACCCCACCCCAGCUUCGUUCCGCAGCAGGGAAAUUCAAAUCUAUUGCGCCCACUGCAAGCGCCCCUGGGCCCUGAAUGAAUGUUACGCCUGUACAGAGUGUAUCUGUGGAGUCUGUCGUGAAUGCGUUGGCAUGUUCAUCACCAGUCCACCGACCUCCUUCCGAAGUCCCGGCAAUGGCUCCCUCAACAUGCCGCCCGCACCGACGAGUUUUCCCAGUCCAAGCGCUGGGGCGGCGCGCGGAUGCCCGCGGUGCCGGACAGUAGGUGGGAAGUGGAAAGCCUUCCAGCUGGAUAUCAAAUGA